UAUAUACCUUUUAGGUUAUAUUAUGAUUCUGAUGUCCCUGAGAUCAUUUGGAGAAAAGUGGUAAAUAUGGAUAUCAAAUCGAAUUUGAAGGAUGCGAGGGAUGCAAUUAAGAACAAGGAUUUCGAGAAGUCGAUGAAACUAUGCAAGUCAAUAUUACGAGAGGAUAAGACUAAUUAUAUGGGAUUAGUCUUUCUUGGGAUUUCGCUUCAAGAGGUCGGUCCCAUUGAACAAGCGCCCAACGCAUUCCGAAAAGCAAUCCAACAGAAUGCUACGAAUAUUUUGGCUUGGAAUGGGCUCUUAAAUUUUUACGAAAAAGUAAAUAAUCCGCAAAAGAACAAGGAUCUAAUUGGGAUUUACUGUAAACUGAUCGAGCUCGAAACUAACGAAACCAAAUGCAUCGAGAUCGUCCAGAAGUUCGUGGAUUUGCAGGUUGACGAUAUGGACCAUAAGGUCGUGUCCAUCUACAACGUAGCUAAUUGCGAUACAGUUACUGUUGAUUUGAAAUUAAAGAUCUAUGCAAGUAUCGUUGAGGUCUAUAGGGAUAUCAAGGAUCCACAAGACAUUGUUAAGCAAAUAUUUGAGAAAUGUUUAUUGGAAUUGAUAGAAAGUGGGAAAGCUUCUAAAGAGGUAUACAUAGAAUACUUGAAAUUCCUAUACAACAACAAAAAAUAUGAGAAUUUCAUGGAGGAAGCGGACAAGUUCACAAUUAUGCAUGGUAACAAUAUUCACUGUUUUGAGUGGGUAUGCAAGGUGUUCAACGAAUUGUACAUAGAAAGAAAUAGUUUAUAUGAAAAAUAUCUGGAGAAUGUUAAAAUUUGCCUGGAAGAAUUGUUGGAGCUUCAUAGCGAUUCCAGCAUAGCGUUGUUGACGAAAGCAAUCAUGUUUUGCAUCGAAGAUAAUUUAGAUGAAAUGAAAAGUUAUCUACAUAAAGUUACCUUGUUGAGACCCGGUCUGUUGCACGCUUGGAUCCUCUAUACCGAAUGUUUCAUUAAGUUUCACUUUUACGAAGACGCUUUAGAAGUCGCUUAUAAAGCUGAUAAGUUACUGUUAUCAAUAAAUAAUUCCAAGCAGUCGUUGCGAAAUAUUUUGGAUAACUAUAUGUGUUUGUGCUUAUCGCAAAGUAACAUCCCUGAAGAAUUGGAAAAGUGCAAAGUUAUGUGCCUGAAGAUUUUAGAAAAUUCCGAUGAAGUAAUGAUUAAGAAGUAUUUGAUUGAAGCCUAUGUCAAGUUGGAAUAUUGGGAGAAGGCCGAAAAGUGUAUUGACUCAUGCGAUGAAGACAUUAAACCACUUCUCUUGGCAAAAUUGUUUAGAGCUAAGGGUUUCCUGAAAAAAGCGUUAGGACAGCUGGAGAAUUUUACUUUGAAUUCAAGCGAAUACUGGCUGGAGUUGGGCGAAGUUUACAGGGAUUCGGAAAUGUACGAGAAAUGCCUGGUGCCAUUUUUGAAGGCUGCAAAGUUAGACCCAAAUUCAUAUAUGUGUUUCCUACAUUUAGGAGAGUAUUACAAUAAAAUUAACGAUAUGGAUAAGGCGCGGAGGUGCUACGAGAAGUGCUUCAAGAUCAACGGGAAAUGCUCUGCCGCGGGUAUCGAAUUGAGUAAAAUUUACAGGAAACAAAAAAUGUGGGGAGAAAAUUUGAAUUUACUUGAAAACUUGGCCAGCGUCAGGGCUUCUCGGGAUAACAAGUGGGCGUAUUUGCAACUAGGUCUACAUUUUUUGGAGCAAGAGGAUUAUCCGAAUGCUAUCACUAACUUCAGAUAUGUUGUGAGAGUUGACUCAACAAACAGUCACUGUUGGGAAUGCUUGGCAGAUGCGUAUUUAGCUCGAGGAGCAUACACUUCUGCCAUUAAAUGUUACCAAAAAGCAUUUGAAAUUAAGCCGGAUUCGUUGUAUGCUUUACUGCAAGUUGCUCAUAUUAAGAAGGUGUUGAACGAAUACGAGGAAGCUAGAUCAGUUUUUGAAAAUGUUCUGAAUUUCAAUAAGAAUUACGUGCCGGCAUUGAAGGGGAUCGCGGAAACUUGUUACUAUCAAGGCAAGAACUAUCACAGGCAGCAAUUGCACGGUCUCGCAAGGGAUUGCGUCCAAUAUUCGAUAGAUAAAAUUACUGUAGCUUUGAAGGAAAGGCCAGAUUUAUCUUGUCUGUGGAAAAUAGCUGCGGAUUCUUCAUAUUUGGCCGCUCAACUUCCAGAAAAGUAUUCUUGCAUUAUGGCUCUUUCUAAACUGGUUUCUGGGAGCGAUGGCGAUAUGAAUACCGUCAUCGAUCAAGAGGAUUUGUUCAAAUUUGCAAUACGGUGUUAUUGUAAAGCGAUCAACUUGACUGAGGAUAAUAUGCUCAUUUAUCAUGAUCUAUCAUGUUGUUACGUUUCCUACUCCAUGUACUUGACGCAAGCAAAAGAGAGGCAGGAGUAUCUGGAUAAGGCUCUUCAAGUAAUCUACCAUUGUGUAAACAGUAACCCGAAUUAUUGGCAACAUUGGAAUGUCCUUGGAAACAUUGCGUUCGUUAAAGAUCCCAAGGAUUUGGCCUUGGCACAGCACGCUUUCAUCAAGGCAGUAACUUUAGAGCACAACAGCGCCGUGUCUUGGAGCAAUUUGGGCACAUUGUAUUUGUACAUAGGAGAAUUGAAGUUGGCCAAUGAGGCGUUUUCGCAAGCGCAGAGAGGCGAUCCCAAUUAUGUAAACAGCUGGAUAGGUCAGGCUUUGAUUGCCGAAUCUUUGGGUUAUAACGAUUCCAUGGAUUUGUUUAGGCACAGCACGCAAUUAUCUGCACAUCAGCAAGGUGCUCUGGGAUACGCAUAUUGGGUUUGCAAGACGCUGAUGGACGCUCCAGAGGAUGCAGUAAUCUAUUCCAUACACAACAUGCACGCAAUUCCUGUUGCGUGCGAUGCAUUAACUUGGUACACGGAUAAAAAUCCAUUUGAUAGUUGCGCUUGGAAUAUGCUGGGCAUAUUGUACGAGCGCAUGGGUUUAAAGUCAAACGCCUGCAAGGCCUUCAAGAAGGCCUUACAGUUUUCUAGUUUGAAGAAUAUGGAUUCCAUCAACACGAAUUACGGACGAUCACUGUUGAACAUAGACAAACCUGAAGAAUCGGUCAAUGCAUAUCGUGACGUCCACGAGGCUACCUUUAAUAGUGGAAGCGGUCUUGCACUCGCAUUAUUUAAAGAUAAAAAAUAUCAAGAAUCUUAUGAAGCGUAUGAAUCUGCAUUGCAUUGGUUGACGGAGGAUGAAGGUUACCAAUCAGAUUUGUUAGUUGCUCUGGCCUCGAUGGCUUACUUAUUUCAAGGUCCAGAUGAAGCUAAAACGCUUCUACUUCAAAGCACGCAAUUGAAACAAAGAUCACCGUGGGGUUUGUAUGCUACACUAUCAUUAGGAUUAUUACACAACGAUUUGAAUCUAUCCCUUUUGGUUUUGAAUGAAAUGGAUGAACUGAUUGAUAAUAAGCAAGCUUUGCCGCAUUACGGACUCCUCUUAUCUUACAUACAUUUGUUACAGGGUGAAACAACGAAAGCCAUUAGAGAACUGACCAAAUUAGUGCAUCGUCAUCCAGAUCAGGCCUCGCUCUGGCUAUCCUUAUCCGUCUUACUCUUGAGGUUGCACGAUGAGAAACCAGUUUCUCAGUCUGCUGCUAAAUGUGCUGAAGUUGCCAUGGCUCUUGGUCAAACGAAAAUGGACGUUACUAAAGUUUUGUGUAUCGUGUCGUUAGCAUCGCUGUUUGCCGGUGAUUUAGACAAAGGACUUGUUGCUGCCCAAAGGGCCAUCCACAUUUAUCCGAACGUUGCAGAAGGCUGGGCUGUCCUAAUAUUCGCAUUGCAUUUGCUCAAAAAGAAAAUGUCGAAGAAUUUUAAUGUGGAAAAUCUUAGGAAGAACGUAUCCUUUUCCAAGAACCUCUCCGAUUGGAUAAGUAACGUCAAAAUAUAAUCUAACAUCGACGAGUGAUAACGAAAUAUUUAACAAGUUUACAUUUUUUUAAAAAUAAUAAACAUUGAUAAAUAUUGCAGCAUUUGCUUGCAUAGAAUCAACACAAUUACUAAAGAUAUAAUGGCUUGGAAUUAUGAGCAAGUGAAAUAGGAUUUUAAUAUAAUUAAUGUGAAUAGUUUUAUUUCAUUUUUGUUAUGA